AUGACAACCGAUCAAAUAUUCAAAAAUGAUAUUUUGAAAGGAAAGGUGGCCUUCGUUACUGGAGGCGGUAGUGGAAUAUGUAAAGGCAUGACAGAAGCAAUGUUAAGACAUGGUGCAAAAGCUGCUAUUAUAAGCAGGAGUCAGGACAAGCUUGAUAAAGCCGCCGAGGAAAUGAGAAAGGAAAUUGGUGCUGAAGUCCUCGCAAUCGCAGCUGACGUUCGUAACCCAGAAGAUGUUAUUAAAGCUGUAGAACUAACGAUAGAAAAAUUUGGCAGAAUUGAUAUCCUUGUUAACGGUGCAGCUGGAAAUUUCCUAGCAUCUGCUGAAAAACUCUCUUACAGAGCUUUUCGUACUGUUGUUGAAAUUGAUUUAAUUGGAACUUUUAAUGCAAGUAAAGCAUGUUUUCCCCACUUGAAAAAAUCCAAAGGUGUUGUGAUUAAUGUUUCAGCUAAUCUUCAUUAUCAAGCAGGUGUUGAUGCUUUGACAAAAGCAUUAGCUCUUGAAUGGGGACCACAUCAAAUUCGUGUUAAUGGAAUUGCACCAGGUCCAAUUAGCGAAACAGAAGGUUUUUCAAAACUUGCCCCUUCUAAUUCUAAUGAAAAUGUCGCUCGGGAAAUGCCUCUUCAAAGAGUUGUCACAACAGACGCUUCUAGUUUUGUAACCGGAACUAUUUUAUUGGUUGAUGGCGGUGAUGCAUUAAGGAAAAUUUCCAUUAUGCCUUACCCAGAAAGUGUCCUUAAUCCUUUUGAUUUAUCGACAAAAAGUUUGGGCGCAAAAUUAUAA